AGGUGGCACCUCGAGAAGAGCCCAGAGCAGCGCUGCCAGACCCUGGGAGCAGAGCCAUGGAGCAGUACUUCUCGGCCACCCAGAAGAUGGAGCAGGAGGUGAUGUUCCCCAGCCUGCUGCGAGGGGUCUUCCCACAGAAGGAGGGAGCAGUUGCGGCCACGGGCGGCCACGUGGACCUCUAUGAGCGCUACCAGCUCCUCAAGGCCAUCAAGCCCAUGGUGGAGAAAGGCCUGGCCUCUGUCACCGACCAGAGCUCAGCUGGCACCAACACUGACACGUCGUCCGGCGAUGACACCAUGGACUCCCAGCUGGAGGAGCGCCUGUCCCACCACCUGGCCGGCUUGCAGCAGGUCCUGUCCCACCUCACCAGGGACACCAACGCCCUCACCCGGAGGUACAGCCAGAUCCUGGAGCAGAUCAGCCCCAGCGAGGGGCAGCCCAGCUGGUGACCCUGUCCCGGCCACCAGGAUGGGUGCUGGUGGCACAAAGGAGAGGAUGUCCCCUUCCCUGACCAUCGCGGGCUCUUCCCCAGCCCCGCUCGCUCUCCCCGCACGGCGGCAGCUGAUGGCCCAGCGCUGGAACCUCACGUGGCGAUGGCUGCGACCACCAGAGACCCAGAUGGUGCCUUAUCCUCAUAGGAAGAAGCAUCUGGUCGCGCUGGGAGGUUCAUCGGAAGAUCCACACACCCCGUGCCCUCCUCUUUAUUCUCAAAGAGCGUCACGACUGCGGUGGCAUCGCACGCUGGCCCCGACCUGCCAUGGUCCCGGCAACUGCCGAGCCCUUUUCCAGCUGGU